ACAGCACCCACUGGAUCAGGGAAAACAGUGAUUCUGGAGCUCGCAAUCAUCGCCAUGCUCGUCGAUCCACAUGGCGAAAAUGCCAAGGCGGUGUACAUGGCGCCUACCAAGGCUCUUUGCACCGAGAAAGCCAGUGAAUGGAAGGAGAAAUUCGGUCCAUUUGGUAUCACAUGCAACAUGCUCACGGGCGACACCGAGAACGCAAAUCUGGCCGAAGUCAAGCGGAGUAAUAUCAUAGUCACAACGCCUGAAAAAUGGGAUUCGACGACAAGACGAUGGAAAGACAACCGACAGCUCAUGGGCCUAGUCCGGCUCCUUCUGGUCGACGAAGUCCAUGUCUUGAAAGAGUCUCGUGGGGCUACGAUGGAGGUUGUCGUCGCCCGCAUGAAGACCGUCAACAGACAGCUUCGGGAACGGCGCUCGGCUUGUCAAACGAACGCACGCAGUCCGCAGAGCCAGCUUCGAAUUGUGGCCGUCUCGGCAACAGUCCCAAAUGUCGAAGAUAUCGGAGAAUGGCUCUGUGACGCAGAUACGCACCAACGAGCCACAUUCUGCAACAGCCGCAAAUCCGCUGUUGCCGCAGCUGAUCGCCUCGCAGCUGAUAGCCGGGCACUUGGGUUAGAUGGUCUGACAUUAGCGCCCGCGCGGCUUGACAGACUUGCCCGCAUCAAAAGCAGCAUCACAGACGGGAAACUCGCAGGCAUGGCAUUUGCCGAUCGCCGUGCGAUUGAACAGGCGUUCCUCGACGGGGUUGUGAUGGUCAUCUGCACCACCACGACGCUGGCUGUCGGCGUGAAUCUGCCGGCCUAUCUUGUUGUCAUCAAAGGAACAAGUCAGUACCGCAACGGCAAGUUUGAAGAAUACAGCGAGCUGGAUCUUCUCCAGAUGAUUGGCCGAGCUGGCAGACCACAGUUUGACUCCAGCGGCAGAGCCCUGAUUCUCACAACGAAUGAAAAUCGGCAGCGAUACGAGGCGAUGGUGCAAGGGUCCGAGACCAUCGAGAGCAGCCUGCAUCUCCAUCUCAUCGAGCACCUGAAUGCCGAGGUGGUGUUGGGAACCAUUGAGUCGCGCCAAGGAGCUCUGGACUGGUAA